CAGACAUUCCAGAGCGGCCUGGGCCCGGCACAGGGAACAGCACGCACCCUGUGCCGAAAAACGCCCCUGCAUUUUAAAAAAAGCGCUGCAGCUUGGUCAUUCUCCUGGCUGAGAAAUUCCGCGUGAAGUUGGAAGGUUCUUAUCCCUUCACAAGGCACGCUACCUGGGAUCAUGUGUGCUGUGUGCUGGAUGCUGGCAGCAUAGAGCUAUGCCACAGCACUCAGAACACUCCGGAAUGACCAGUAGGGCGUCACAAUCUUGCUUGGCUCACGGCCAGGCUUCCACAAGGCAGCCCGUCUGUUUCUAAUCAAAAGCAGGACAGAAAACGCAGGGCUUCCAGUGCGGGAGAGCCGGCGGCUGCGAGGAGAAGGAGCCACAAACCUAGCAGCAAGGGAAGCAGAGACGCAAGCCACCACGAUGUCGACCGGCCCCGGGGCCCGGGAGCAAUCGGGCUGGGAUGGGGUGGGGCAGGGCGGGGAGGCAUGGUGGGCCUGCAGCCGGAGACGAGAGACAGCUCUUCCCCGAUGUCCGAGCGAUGGCUUCUCCACAUUCACAUGCCACAAUACAGAGGUUCUGGGAGCUCUUCAGAAAAGAUGGGCAGCUUGGACUAGACCCGUAUCCUGACAGCAUCUCGACAGGAUACAGCGCAAGGUCGGGAACGACAGGUGGAAGAUAGUGAUGAUGCCAGUUGCCAUGGGGACCAGACGCUUUGACCAGCCUGGAUCCGGAUUGCAGUACAGUUACGAUGACCUGGAUAUUUGUGCUUGUCACAGGGCCCCCCCUGGAGCCACAUGCCCCUGGCAGGGGGUUCAGGGGCUGUGUGCCUCUCUACCGGGGCAGGGCCUCAGUCCGCACCCUCAGCAAUGCUGGUUCAUGCUUGUGGGGGGCCAGAUCUCAAGUGAAAUGGGAGCCCCUGCUGGUAUGGCUGAAUGGGCCCCCCCUAGAGAAGUGGAUCCUGCUGUUUCCUGCGGGGUCAACCAAGUUGGGACUCUGAAUGGCUUUAUCACAGAGGUGGGGGGGCGGCCUCACAGCAGUGCUCAGGAGGAGGAAGGUGUAUCUCAGGGUGACACUGAAACACUGGGGGACAUGUCAGAGUGCCGGGUGUCACGCCCAUUCCAGUGUGACAGGAUAGCGGAUCCUGUCUAUGAGCUCCCACCAGCUGGGGGCGCCAGAGGCCCAACAGAAACUGCUGACCAAUCUGCCGUUCCCCAGAGCAGUAAGGAUUCGGCAGAGCUGUGCUGGGCUGCCAAUCCCGAAUGCAGCGGAGAUGCCCAGAUGGACGCGGAUGCCAAGGUUGAGCCCAGAAGCACAGAGCCCCGUGACAUCACUGGGAUUCUGAGCUCCAAUGGGGAGGAGCUCAGAAAGACCUCAGAGUGCUGCCUCUGGAGAACCUCCUACCAGAAGUAUUCUAGCAGAACUUGGGAACUUCUGCAGGACAUGGGCGCCAUCAGAGAGGAUGGAGAGAUACAUCAGGAAAUGACAGAGGACCAGGGGACACCAAGAGAAUGCGAUGGAGUAGAGACAGGAGCUGAGAUGCUCUCACGCCAGGGAACUGAUGGCCCAACAAUGGCAAAGGAGCAAAGUCCUGUAGCAGGAGGGCUCUGGGAGGCCCCCAAUCAAGCAUGGAGCCCAAGCGGAGAAGAGAGCAGCUGGCCGGCUGAGCCACGCUCCUUCAGUGAGACCGCACACUCCCCAGGCGAUCACAGCAAGCGCUCACUGGGAGGGACCACCUCCAGGCUGGGGGACCGAGCCAAAGGUGCCCAUGUGAGGAGGGGAGAGGCACUGUGCAAGCACGGAACCGAAAACACAGCCAUGGAACUGCGGGUGAGAAAGGUGCCCAAAGAAAAGCCGCCUUACAUGGAUUCCAUGGCUCUGCUGAUCCUGAAACUGGACCAGCUGGACCAGGACAUCGGGAAGGCCCUGGACGACGCCUGCACUCAGCCUGCCGGCCAAGGGAGGGAGCACCCUGUGUCACGAGCCCCAGUGAGGAAGGGCAGAGCAGAGGCCGAGGCCAAGGAGGCGUGUGCCUGGCUGAGGGCAGCAGGCUUCCCACAAUACGCCCAGCUCUACGAAGAUGGCCAGUUCCCCAUCAACACCACCUCCGUCACCUGCGAUCACGACUUCCUGGACCGGGACGCCAUCGAAGCCCUGUGCAGGCGCCUGAACACCCUGAACAAGUGCACUGUGCUGAGGCUGGGGAUUCCCCCUCAGAGGAAGCAAAGCGAAGAUUCCGACGAUGAUGAACCAUGUGCUAUCAGUGGUCGCUGGACAUUCCAGAGAGCCAGUAAGCGCUGGUCUCGGUUGGAGGAGCCGGACGUGUUUGAGCCCAGUGGGGACAGGUCCCGGGGCAGCGCUGAGAGCCUGCUGACAGACCCAGGCUGGCCCCCCAGCGGUGGGCCACACUCCCCCAUCCCCGCUAGCAGCGGCACCACCCGUGCUGGUUCGCUGGCCAGUGUCUGUUCCUCAGGGACCUCGGUGGCCACAGAGGACUCUCCUUUGGAGGGCCCCCCCUCGCCGUCACCCUCUCCCCCCUCCCCAGGCGACUUCCUCUUUGACGCCCCAUCCAGGAGCAUGACCAAAAGCGCGCGCUCCAAAGCGCGUAGCCUGCUGCGUCGCAUGGAAAACCUGGGGCUGCGGGGGCCGGCUUCCCGGCGCCGCAAGAAGCCGUCCGCAGGGGCCUGUGGGCUGGAGAUUAGCGCGCCGGUGCUGCGCCAAGGCCCGGACGAGGACUGGCUGAGACGGCUGCACUGUGUGGACGUGUCCGUGCUGCGGGAACGUGCCGCCUCGGGCUCCGAGCCCAGUGGGGGCAGCAGUGCCGUCAGCACGCCCAGCCCUGUUAGCCGCAGCCGCAGCCACAGCCACAGCGCCGCCAAGCGUGCUGGCGUGUACCUGGAGGGGUUAGACUUGUUCAGCUUCCUGGAGCCUCAGGCUGGGGGUGUGGCCGAGCACAACCGACGCAAUUGCAUAGAGAUGGCAUGCGAGGAUGAGGAGGAUGAGGAGGGCGCUAUGUUCUUCUUCGUCCCCGAUGGGCACAAACCCGGCACCUUCCCAAAGACGCUCUGCAAUGGCCGCAGAUCCUGUGGCAGUAAUAUUUUGCGUGGCCCCGCCCACAGUCAUGGCUCCUUGGACAGCCGGCUUAGUUUCUAUGACAACGUGCCACUGGCGGAGGAGGAGUCUCUGGCUUACAAGCUGAGCAACGUCCUGCGUGGUUUUGGCGAAGCGUGGGUGGGGCGGGGGGGGCGUGCCAGCGAGGAUGGCGACUCAGAUUCCGCUCUGGACUCGGCGUCGCCCUGCCCCUCGUCACCACUGCAGAGCCACCUGGAGGAGGCGGAGAAUGGCUCUGAUCUGGACAGUCCAUUAAAUGAUCCCGACGCUGGGCCGGGCCAGCAGGAGCGCCGGGACUCCAGGGUCGGACCCUCCCUGCUCAGGACCAACAGGCCCCCCAAGCUGCGCUGGCCCAGCUUCCAGGACUCGCACCGGGCCAGUCUGCCCUCGGCCCCCCGGCAGCUCAAUGCCCAGUCUGUGCUGCAGAUGAAUCUGCUGCAGAAGUUCUCCCUGCUGAAGCUCACAGCCCUGUUGGAGAAGCACACGCCAGCCAACAGGCACGCCUUCAGCUGGGCUGUGCCCAAGUUCAUGAAGAGGAGCCGCACGCGGGAGCAGCGUGGCCAUGGCGUGUUCGGUGUGCCACUGCAGACCAAUGCAUGCCGCACGGGACAGCCCCUCCCCUUGGGCAUCCAGCAGGCCAUGCGCUACCUGCGUAGCCAAUGCCUGGACCAGGUGGGCCUGUUCAGGAAGUCUGGCGUGAAGUCGCGGAUCCAGGCGCUGAGGGAGAUGAACGAGGUGAGCCCCGACGGGGUGAACUACGAAGGGCAGUCUGCCUACGACGUGGCCGACAUGCUGAAGCAGUACUUCCGGGACCUUCCGGAGCCCCUGCUCACUAGCAAGCUGUCUGAGACCUUCCUGCAGAUUUACCAGUGCGUCCCCAGAGAGCAGCAGCUGCAGGCCGCCAGAGCCUCCACUCUUCUUUUGCCCGACGAGAACCGCCAGGCUCUGGAGGCGCUGCUCUGCUUCCUCAGCGACGUGGCCGCUGCAGCCCCCCACAACCAGAUGACGUGCACCAACCUGGCCGUGUGCCUCGCGCCAUCGCUCUUCCACCUCAGCGCCUCGCGGCGGGACAGCUCCUCCCCUAGGGUGAUGCACCGCAAACAGAACCUGGGCAAGCCGGACCAGAGGGACCUGAAGGAGAACCAGGCAGCCACGCGGGGCCUGGCCCACAUGAUCUCUGAGUGCCGGAGGCUCUUCCAGAUCCCAGAGGAAAAAGGCUUCUGGUGGGACUCAUACAAAGAGCAGGGUCUGCCCCCUGCUGGUCUGGAUGACCUGGACGAAAGCGCAGAGGGGCUGUACCUGCGCGACGCCCUAGACAACCUCCUCAGAGAAGCCAAGGACAAGUUCCGUGGCUAUGAUAGCUGUUUCACCCCCGAACAGCAGGUGGCGCUGGCUUACAAGAAGGUUCAGGACGACUUCCCCCUGCGUCUCUGGAAGGCGAGUACAGAGGUGCCGGCCACUCCUGAGGAGGUGCUGACCCGCCUGCUACGGGAGUGCCAUCUCUGGGACGAGGACCUGCUGGAGAGUCGGGUGCUGGAGGUGUUGGACUCGCGGACCGAGCUCUACCAGUAUGUGCAGGACAGCAUGGCGCCAUGGCCCCCCCGCGACCACGUGGUGCUGAGGACGUGGGUGACGGACCUCCCCAGGGGUGCCUGCGCUCUGGCGUGUGCCUCGGUUGACCACCCGGGGGUGGCACUGCGGGGAGUGCGGACCAACGUGCUGGUGUCUCGCUACUUCAUGGAGCCCUGUGGGUCUGGCCAAACCCGGCUCACCUACCUGAGCAGGAUGGACUGCAGAGGGCACUUCCCUGAGUGGUACAACAAGGUGUUUGGACACCGCUGUGCCUCGAAAGUGGCGCAUAUCCGGGAUUCCUUCUCUGGAGCCCUGGACAAAUAGACACAGAAGGGACUCUGCCCUGGACCUCAGCCUCCUUUCUGGAGGGCGGGGGGGGCGG